GUUCCUAUAUACCUAAUAACAAAUCAUACAACUACAGUUCCUAUAUACCUAAUAACAAAUCAUACAACUACAGUUCCUAUAUACCUAAUAACAAAUCAGACAACUACAGUUACUAUAUACCUAAUAACAAAUCAUACAACUACAGUCCAUAUAUACCUAAUAACAAAUCAUAUAACUACAGUCCAUAUAUACCUAAUAACAAAUCAUAUAACUACAGUUCCUAUAUACCUAAUAACAAAUCAUACAACUACAGUCCAUAUAUACCUAAUAACAAAUCAUAUAACUACAGUUACUAUAUACCUAAUAACAAAUCAUACAACUACAGUCCAUAUAUACCUAAUAACAAAUCAUAUAACUACAGUUACUAUAUACCUAAUAACACAUCAUACAACUACAGUUACUAUAUACCUAAUAACAAAUCAUACAACUACAGUCCAUAUAUACCUAAUAACAAAUCAUAUAACUACAGUUACUAUAUACCUAAUAACAAAUCAUACAACUACAGUCCAUAUAUACCUAGUAACACAUCAGACAACUACAGUUACUAUAUACCUAAUAACAAAUCAUACAACUACAGUCCAUAUAUACCUAAUAACAAAUCAUACAACUACAGUCCAUAUAUACCUAAUAACA